AUGUCGGGGAAUCAAGUAAUCUUAUUUCUAAUUGUGGGAACGAACGAGCCGCUUUACGAAGCUGAAAUUCACAAGAGAGGGGGAACCGGGAAUUCGGAUGCUGUGGCGAGGCAGAACUACUUUGUGGUCCAUUCGGCUUUGGAUUUGGUAGAACAAGCAGCUUGGAGAACACAAAAUAUGUAUCUAAAAGUCGUGGAUAAGGUGAACCAUCAACAUGUCUCUACAUUUCUGACGGCAGGCAACAUUAAAUUCAUUCUGCUGCAUGCCGGCAAGAGUGAAGAUACCAUUCGCAGUUUUUUCAAUGAAGUUUACGAACUCUACGUCAAGCUUUCCAUGAAUCCAUUCUAUCAUCACGACACACCAAUUACGUCAAGAGAAUUUGAUCGACGAACGCGGGCAUUGGCCAGAAGAUAUCUAUCAUAA